AUGUCCAUCUCCUCUGCGGCAAUCGCAGCUCUUGAGGACCAUAACCACAAGAAGUGCACUGCUAUCCCACCGGAACUGAAGGGUGUAGUCCACUACUACUGGAAUCAGGUUGACCACGAAGCCACCGCCGAUCGGAAGCUCUCCUCUCUCCAACGCUGGCGUGUCGUGACUCGUACAAUGCCUCAACGAACUCAGUUCCGCGCUCCGCUCCCUCGUCGACGUCUUGAAUCCUUGCCGAGCCUCCUCGAGAAACCACAUAGGUGUUGCUCCUGUGCUCCAAGUCCAAGAACUUGCCUCUAUCGGGAAUACCUUUCCCUUAUCUACCGAGUCCAGAUUAGUUCGCCUAUCAGUCUCCAAUGCUUCGUCGCUAACCAAUUCCCCAUCAAGGCAGGUAGUGAGCGGCACGGCUAUGAGAUCAAGGACAAUAUCAGUCGCCCUGCCCCGGGGUACGCCCGGGAGUACAGUGAAGUUGGCGUUUCACUACAACGCUCUACGGCUGCCCCUUGCCUUUCGUAA